GUCUACGGUCCAACAUUGUGCACUUACGGUCUCUCCAGCGUGGCACUGUCUCACAAGAACAGGAGCGUCGUUCCGUGGGCGAAUACGCGAUUCUUUCUCGGCCGAACACACGCAGUGGACACUCGUAUGAGCCCCGCUUAAGGAUUUACGCCUUGUUUGUAGCGAUUCACCGAGGGAUUUGGGCUUAUUUCUCCACGGGCCCGGAAACAGCUUCGCGCCGAUAGAGAGACUCAACUCCGGUCCUUUCGUCCUGAAAUGGACACAGGAAUCGUACCAGAAAAAAAGAGAGUGAGCUCAGAGCGGAGAAAGGAGAAGUCGAGGGAUGCGGCGCGAUGUCGCCGCGGGAAGGAGUCCGAGGUCUUCUAUGAGCUGGCCCAGCAGCUGCCGCUGCCCCACAGCGUCAGCUCCAGCCUGGACAAGGCCUCCAUCAUGAGGCUCACCAUCAGCUACCUGCGCAUGAGGAAACUGCUCAGCUCCGAUGAGCUUGUGGCAAUCGAGGAAUCAGAGCUGGAUGUCCAGUUAAACAGCCCAUACCUAAAAGCGCUGGAGGGCUUCCUUAUGGUCCUGUCCGAAGAUGGAGAUAUGAUCUAUCUUUCCGAAAAUGUCAACAAGUGCCUCGGGCUAGCACAGUUCGACCUGACUGGACACAGCGUGUUCGACUACACACACCCCUGUGACCAGGAGGAGCUGAGGGAAAUGCUCAUCCACAGAGCAACCUCCAAAAAAACCAAGGAACCAAACACAGAACGCAGCUUCUUCCUCAGAAUGAAAUGCACGCUAACAAGCAGAGGCCGCACGGUCAAUGUCAAGUCAGCUACAUGGAAGGUGCUCCACUGCUCGGGCCACGUCCGUGUUUACGAUACAAACACUGAGGAGACUUCCAACGGGCAUAAGGAGCCACCUGUCCCCUACAUGGUCUUGAUCUGUGACCCCAUCCCACACCCCUCAAACAUCGAGGUCCCUCUGGACACCAAAACCUUUCUCAGCCGUCACACAAUGGAAAUGAAGUUCACAUAUUGUGAUGAGAGGAUCACUGAGCUCAUGGGCUAUGAUCCAGAGGACCUGUUGAAUCGCUCUGUAUAUGAGUACUAUCAUGCCCUGGAUUCUGACCAUCUCACCAAGACUCAUCAUAACUUGUUCGCUAAAGGCCAGGUCAGCACAGGCCAGUAUCGAAUGUUGGCCAAGAGAGGAGGCUUUGUGUGGGUGGAAACUCAAGCCACUGUCAUCUACAACAACAAAAACUCCCAGCCACAGUGUGUUGUCUGUGUCAACUUUGUGCUCAGUGGCAUCCAGGAGGAGAAACUGGUUUUGUCUCUGGAGCAGACUGUGGAUGUGAAACCGGUAAAAGAGGAACAGGAGGAAGAAAAGGCAGCUGUCAAGAGCCCAGAGCCCGGAGUGAUUCCUGUCGCCCUGAAGACGGAAGAAAAGGCUGAGAAGGAGAAGAUUCCAGAGUUUGAUGUGAACAAACUCUUCACCCAGGCAGAGGAGACCCAGCCUCUGCCUAGCCUGUACGACCAGCUGAAGGGGGAGCCUGAGGCCCUCACCGUGCUGGCCCCGGCUGCUGGAGACACGUUCGUCUCUCUCGACUUCAACCUCCCUGAUUCAGAAAUUCAGCUGGUUAAGGAAGUGCCGCUCUACAAUGACGUAAUGCUUCCCUCUACCAGCGAAAAGUUGGCCCUGCCUCUUUCCCCUCUGCCGCCUAGUGAGCCUCUCCAUGUCACCACCACCUCUGAGGACACAAAGUCUGAAGGCUAUGCUACAGGUGCAUCCACUUCACCAGCCAGCAACAGCCCCUCAGAGGACUUUUGUUUCUCUAUGGAGUCUGACAUGAACCCAGACUUCAAACUUGAUUUGGUGGAGAAGCUGUUUGCCAUAGAUACAGAGCCCAAGACCCCAUUCACCACACAGGCGAUGGAAGACUUGGACCUGGAGAUGCUGGCUCCCUACAUUUCCAUGGACGAUGACUUCCAGCUGCGUAGUCUGACUCCAGAUGAGCCUCUGUCUUGUGGAUCAGCCAACUCUCUUGAGAGUUCACCAGUCCAUGUCACACAAGACGUGAGCAGCUAUCCCAGCUCUCCAUUCAGCUCACCAGGCAGUUGCACGCCUUCCCCAGCACCGCCUUCCCCAGCAACCACUGCUCAUCUGGCCACCAUCUUUACUAAAAAGUCCCCACAGUUGGAUAAAGAAAUCUCGCUUCGGACCCUGGCAGUUCAGAAUGCACAGCGUAAAAGAAAGCUGGGUGACGUGAAAGAGAUCGUUAUCCAGGAUGUGCCCCAGGAUCAAGUGGAGCAGAGCAAGAAGCUGAAAGCCUCACAGUCUGGUACGACCAGGACCAUACUUCUGCUGCCUUCAGAUUUGGCAAGUCGUCUGCUGGGCACCACGCCAGACGGCACCAGUUCCCUCUUGGGCCUACCGCAGCUCACUCGCUACGACUGCGAGGUCAACGCCCCCCUUCAGGGCCGCCAGUGCCUGCUGCAGGGAGAGGACCUGCUGCGGGCUCUGGAUCAUGUUAACUGAGUCAUUGCUUAGCCUGGACUAGACUGGACACUACAAUUUUCCUCUUACAUUGUCACUCCCUUUUCAAGGCACCCAUCCUCCUGACCUCACCCCACCACCCCUUAUUUAUGUAUCUGUAUCAAUUUGAUUAUAGUUUGGCUGCUGUUUGUGCACACCAUGUAAUAUCUGCAGCAUUCCACCGUGACAAACACACAGCAGCAUCUGGGUUUUUGGUGCAAGGGAUUCAGGCAUCGUGAGAUGCUCAACUGUCUUUUUUUUUUUGUUGUUCUCUCCUUCCGAGAGUCUCUCAGCGCCUCGACAGAUGACCCUUUUCCAGCAGGUCGCCACAGAACCUGGCGUUACUGCCAGCCGUGUAUUGUACGCUUCAGUCGCACAAUUUAUAUUUUCUUAAAAAGAAAAAUAUUACCAGCAAUAUAUAUUGAGUCUUUUUAAAAGUAGUUUUAAUGGGAUUUGAACUAUUUUAUUUUUCCUCCUAUACUUGUAUGUUGUAGUACUCGUACUUAACAAAGAUGUCUUUAGUCCAAAAGUAUGAACAUGUUGUUUAGAUCUAAUGUGGUUUGAAUGUCCUCUUCAUUUAGUAUCUACCAGUAUUUGAGGUAAAUGCAUUUAAUUGUGUAGCAGUCCAGUACAUGUCACUUUAUUACUUUACUGUGUGUGUUACUGUACAUAUUCCAGGGAAAUUUUACUUUAGAGUAUCGCUUCACAGCUUUGACUCGUACUCUCAACAUGAAAUCCGAGAGUAUCCUCUUCACUUUAUUUGUUUGCUUCUCAUUGAGGACAAUUGGCAUUUUUCUUUGAACAUGAGGUGAAUUCAUGUUUUCGGUUUUUAAUACGCGUGACAUACUCGGAGCAGUUUCUUCAAAAGUGGGAUCUCAGCAGUUCUUUUACGUGUGCGAUCAUCGUCAUCAUAGUAGCACUUGUGAGAUGUCUAAACUUGUUUGCUCAGUUAAUAGUGAAAUCAUUGAUCCAUGCCAUAUUGUUGGGUCACACAUGCUUAUUGUUGCUGUCUAACAUUAAAUGGCUUUAUUAAAAUACAUUGUUUCUA